UCCCUUACAGAUGACCUCAUGCGGAGAGGAGGAGGAGGAGCCCCGCGUCCCGUAGCCUACCUACCUUGGUGGUGUGUGAAGUGGGGACUGAGUCCGUGUGGAGAUACGCUGUUGGAAGACUGGGAAAACUUUUUUGGGUACUUUCAUUUCCAUGACAUUUAUCAGGGGCCCUUCAGAGAGGCUUCCAGGAAUCUUGCCAUGUUCAAGGCAGUGCUGAAGAAGAACAGAGAUGGAGGCAAGGGGACCAAGAAGGAUUCAGGUGAUGUCCAAAGAAGAUUCCCACCUGAGGGAAAUGCUCAGCCCCAGGCGCCUGGCAGCAGUCACCCCAAUGUCCAAGAUGAAGUUUUCAGAUUAAGCCUUGCCAAGGGAGUGUCCAUGUCCCUUCCAUCCUCACCUCUCCUGCCACGACAGUCCUAUAUGAUGCCCUUACGGCCUAGCAAGAGAUCACCAGCAGGUCCAAUCAGGAAGCCCAAAUAUGUGGAGAGUCCUCGCGUUCCCUCUGAUGCCAUCGUUUCAGCUCUGAGGAAGGUGGCCGAUAACAAGGAGUCCUCACACAAUGAGCUGCAAGCAGAGAAACAACCAAGCUCCUCCUCCCCUGCCACUCAGGAACUGAUGACAAGGCUGGGCUUUUUACUAGGAGAAGGGAUCCCGGGUACGGCACGCAUACCUAUGGACGACAAGAAUGAAAAGAAGUGCUCUGUGACUAGCCAGGGUAUCAGCCCCUGCUCUACGCUGACCAGCAGCACGGCGUCUCCCAGCACUGACAGCCCAUGUUCCACACUCAACAGCACGACCAGCCGCCCACCUCUCAGCCGCUCCAGCCCCUGUGGGACCAUCACAAGCCCCAGCUCCACACUUGAGAGCAAAGACAGUGGGAUCAUAGCCACCAUCACUAGUUCUUCGGAGAAUGAUGACCGCAGUGGCUCCAGCCUGGAGUGGAGUAAGGAUGGCAGCCUGAGAGGCAGUGGGCGCCAUGGCCUGGCACAGAGUGUGCGGGCUGACACCUGCUCUCCUGUGGCCGAAGAAGACUCCAACAGUGCCACAGCAACGCCAGCAGACACCCCAUCCAGGACAGACCAACAGCAGCAGCAGCAGCAGUCCAACACAUCAGCAGGGGCCCCACAGCCUCCAAGUCACUCACCCGAAGGACCCAUUCCAUACCCUUCACAGACAUCUUCUUCUCUCAUGAUGCCGAGGCCGAACUCUGUUGCAGCAACCAGUUCCACAAAGCUGGAAGACCUGAGCUUUCUUGAUGAACAGCGCAACACCCCCCUGCGGACAUCCAUUCGCCUUCCCUGGCAUAAUACAGGAGGAAGGCCACCCCAGGACUCUAAAGCUCGUUUUGCUCCCUACAAACCCGUGGACAUCAUGCUCAAGCCCUUGCUAUUUGAGGUGCCCAGCAUCACCACAGACUCUGUGUUCGUGGGCCGAGAUUGGCUCUUUCAGCAGCUGGAAGAUGUCCUGAAGGCCAGCGAGUCCACAGAGAACCACGGCGCUGUAGUGGUGGGCAGUGUUGGUUAUGGGAAGACGGCCAUUAUCUCGCGGCUAGUAGCACUGAGCUGCCACGGAGGCCGAAUGCGCCAGAUCGCCUCCAACAGUCCCAGUGCCUCACCAAAAAGUGGUGGAGGAUCAAGCACAGAACUUCCUCUCAGCCAGCCUCCACAGCCCACUCCACCUUCCAGCGCUACCAACACGCUGAGGACCAACAGCUGCCCUGGGACCCCCGAGAUGCAGCGGCGUAGGGAGGAGGCUGUCAAACGCCUGGCUGCAAAGGUGGUGGCAUAUCACUACUGCCAGGCGGAUAACACGUACACUUGCCUGGUACCGGAGUUUGUACACAGUAUCGCUGCCCUGCUGUGCAGAGCGCACCAGCUCAGUGCGUACCGGGAGCUGUUGCUGAGAGAGCCUCACCUCCAGAGCAUGCUCAGUCUGCGCUCCUGUGUCCAGGACCCCAUGGCCGCCUUCCGGAGGGGGGUCCUUGAGCCACUAGCCAACCUUCGUAAAGAGCGCAGGAUUCCGGAGGAGGACCACAUCAUCUUGAUAGACGGGCUGAACGAAGCUGAGUUCCACAAGCCUGACUACGGAGACACCAUUGCUUCCUUCAUUACAAAGAUCAUUGCCAAGUUUCCACCCUGGCUUAAACUGGUGGUGACAGUCCGGGUCAAUUUACUGGAGAUCACCAGCCUUCUGCCCUUCUCCAAGAUCUCCCUGGAUGACUUCAACGACAACACAGAGAUAAGCAACGACCUCAACGCGUAUAUCCAGUACCGUAUCAAUGGCAGCAAGGAAAUCAUGAACAACAUUAGCCUGAAUGGCAAAGCAGACCCCAUCACAGUUGGCAAGCUCAGCAGCCACCUGAUCUCCCGCAGCCAGGGUUCCUACCUGUAUCUCAAACUCACCCUGGAUCUGUUUGAGAGAGGCCACCUGGUGAUCAAGAGUGCCAGCUACAAAGUCGUACCCGUGUCGCUGGCUGAGCUCUACCAGUUACAGUGCAACAUGAAGUUCAUGACCAAUUCAGCCUUUGAGCGCUCACUGCCCAUUCUAAACGUAGCGCUUGCAUCGCUGCACCCCAUGACUGACGAGCAGCUGUUCCAGGCCAUCAACGCUGGCUUCAUCCAAGGGGAGCUGCCAUGGGAGGACUUCCAACAACGCAUGGAGUUGCUCUCAUGCUUCCUCAUCAAACGGCGGGACAAGACACGCAUGUUUUGCCACCCCUCCUUCAGAGAGUGGCUGGUGUGGAGAGCUGAUGGAGAGAGUACAGACUUCCUCUGUGACCCCAGGACUGGCCAUGCUCUUAUGGCUUUCAUGCUUUCCCGCCAAGAGGGGAAACUGAAUCGUCAGCAGACCAUGGAGCUGGGACACCACAUCCUCAAAGCACACAUCUUCAAGGGCCUGAGUAAGAGAACAGGUGUGUCAUCUAGUGUGCUGCAGGCUUUGUGGAUCAGCUGCAGUGCCGACGGCCUUUCUGCAGCCUUGGCUUCCCUGAGAAAUCUCUACACACCCAACGUCAAGGUGAGCCGUCUGCUGAUGCUGGGAGGGGCGAAUGUGAAUUAUCGCACAGAGGUCCUGAACAACGCGCCGGUGCUCUGCGUCCAGUGCCACCUCGGUCACCAGGAAAUUGCCUCCCUGCUGCUCGAGUUUGGGGCUAGCGUGGACGUGGUGUCUGAAAACGGCAUGAACCCUCUCUGCUUCUCAGCCGCUGCAGGACACUUGGGACUCGUCAUGCUGCUCUGCAAAAGGGGGAGCAAGGUUGAUCAUGUAGAUAAGAGUGGUCAGUGUGCCCUGGUCCAUGCCGCUCUCCGAGGACACCCAGAGAUUAUCCAGUACCUGCUGGAGCUAGAAUGGAGUUCUGAGGGGGAGCAGCAGGACUGCGCUCUGAAGAACAAAGCUCUGCAGCAGGCUUUGAUAGCAGCCUCCAGCAUGGGACACACACAGGUUGUGAGAGGCUUGCUGGCGUUGAAUAAUGAGCACGCUGUGCAAAUUGAUAGCCACGACACUCUGUGGGGAGAGACAGCCUUGACAGCAGCAGCAGGCCGGGGGAAGAUGGAGGUGUGCACCUUCCUGUUGGAGCAUGGGGCGGUGGUGCAGCAGGUCAACCGGCGGGGGGUGUCUCCUCUUUUCUGUGCCGUCAGACAGGGACACUGGCAGAUUGCAGAGUUGCUGUUGCAACACGGUGCUGACAUCAACAUCAGCGACAAGCAGGGCAGGACCCUACUCAUGGUGGCAGCCUGCGAGGGUCACCUGAGCACCGUGGAGUUUCUGCUUUCUAAAGGUGCAUCUUUGACUUCGAUGGACAAGGAGGGACUGACACCUCUGAGCUGGGCAUGUUUAAAAGGACACAAGAACGUAGUGCAGUUUUUGGUGGAGAAAGGAGCGGUCAUCGACCACACGGACAAAAACGGGCGAACUCCGCUGGACCUCGCUGCUUUCUAUGGAGACGCGGAGAUUGUCCAGUAUUUGGUGGAGAGAGGAGCAGUGAUAGAGCAUGUGGACUACAGUGGGAUGAGGCCUCUGGAUCGGGCCAUAGGCUGUCGGAACACGUCGGUGGUGGUGACUCUGCUGAAGAAAGGGGCCAAGCUGGGGAACGCUGCUUGGGCAAUGGCUACUUCGAAGCCUGAUAUCCUGAUCAUCCUCCUGCAGAAGCUGAUGGAGGAGGGGAACCUGCUUUACAAGAAAGGGAAGAUGAAGGAGGCAGCCCAGAGGUACCAGUACGCCCUGAGGAAGUUUCCUAGAGAAGGCUUUGGCGAUGACCUGAAGGCAUUUAAAGACCUGAGGGUCUCUCUGUAUCUCAAUCUCUCCCGCUGUCGCAGAAAAACCAAUGAUUUUGGGAUGGCUGAGGAGUUUGCAACAAAAGCACUGGAGCUGAAACCCAAAUCCUAUGAGGCCUACUAUGCCCGUGCAAGAGCUAAAAGAAGCAGCAGGCAGUUUACUGCAGCCCUGGCUGACCUGCAUGAAGCAGCCAAGCUGUGCCCCAAUAAUCGGGAAAUCCGUCGUUUGCUGGCUCGAGUCGAGGACGAGUGUAAACAGAUGCAGCGCACCCAAACUAAGGGAGGGCUUGCUGGGGCUGCAGCUGCUUCCAGCCAGGCGUCAGGAGGCCACGAGUCUGACCAUGAACAAGAUGAAGGACAGGAGGACCCUUCAGAGCACAGCCUUGCCAGGAGUGUGGAAGGACAAAGAGACAUCCUGGAAGAGGAGGAAGAGGAGGAGGAGGAAGCCUCGCUGCACGAUAGGACAACUGAAGCCUGCUGGUCACAGAACAGUUACUCCUACAACAGAGUCUUACCCUCUGAGCCUGUCAGCAACAGUUUGGGACAUCAGAGUCAGAGCCCCAGCUCACCCCCAGGCCCCAGCAGGCUUCCUCCGCACCGGUACCCUCGAGAGCACCGGGAAGCACUGGCCCAACAGGGCUUGGUCCUGCAGCCCACCAAGCAGGCCCAGAUAGUCAAGACCAACCAGCAUAUGAGCGCCAUGUCAGUUGGGGGAGGAGCCGCAGGGGGCCGCGUGGCAGGGGCCAAAUCUCAGUACGCUCCCUCCAGUCCCUUACCAAGCCGACACAUGUCCAGUAUGCUGAAGCCAGGCCCGGGCAUUGACAUCAGCCCUCUGCCACCCCCAGCUGAUGAGCCUGUAUACGGGAACCGCAUGCCGCUGGCAGCAGCCUCCACCUCCAUGGGUCACAGUUGUGAAAUUGAGAGCCUCCAUUCCUCACAGGCUUCUUACUCCUCCUGCAGCAGCUCCAAGGGACUGGGGCAAGACAGGUUGUCUGCCCACUCUGCAUCCUCCCUGGAUGGGUUGGCCUGCUCUGGUCCCGGGCCACAAGGGAACCACACUGACCAAGGGAAGGAGGGGAUGUCCGGUGCAACAGGAUCACAGGGUGGAGGCAGCAGCAGCAGCAUGCGCGUGUCCAGUUCCACCAGCAGCCUGGCAUCAAGCAGUAGUCUAUCAGACAGCGGCAAGCUGGGCCCCGAUGUCCGCACCAAGAUCCCUGACAAAACAAAGCACAGCCAACAGGCCAGUUCUGCCACAGAGUACAAACCCAGACCCUUCAUGGGCAUCACUGACAAGACAGCACGCUUUCACCAACAGCAGCAGCAGCAGCAAAUCCAACAGCAGCAACAUCACGGCUUACAGAGUCACCCAAGCCUGCAGUCUGCCGGCCGCAGCUGGCUCAACCAUUCAUCUGAUGGCCUGGUGUGUCACAACAUGUCAGCAAUGGGCCUGCUGCCCGUCGACUGUGAGCUGCCUUACGCCAAAUCGGUGAGCACUUACCAGGAGCAGCACAAACCUCCACCACCUCAGGGUGCUAUGGCAAUGAGUAGCUUACAAAACGGCAUGCACGCCAAGGAAUUCACAGAGAAGUUCUGCCAAGCUGCCAACUGUUACAAAGAGUCCAAGCCAGCACUGGCGAUGCCGCACACGUUCAUGGACAGUAAGCCCAAGCAGCCUGGCCUGGCCCGAGAUAAUCCUGCCAUUCACGUAGCUUCAAUGAAACCAAAGCGAUCAUUUAUAGAGUCGAAUGUGUAGAGAUGUUUGUUUUAUCUCUCCAACAGUCCACAACGCACACACACGAUAGCAAAAACCUAAAGUGAGGAGUUGUGUUAAGUUUUUUAACCGACCCUAAACAGCAGAGUCUCACUUUUAAGCCUUGUAAGAAGUGUAGCUUGCAAGCUGUUUGUUUUCCUGUGUGAAUACAGACUGCAGGCAGUGUACUGAAUGCUCCAAAUUUUUCUCCUCCCAACCUGUCGCUUGUGGCUGUCAGCUUCUGUUACAUGACAACAUGUCCGCCGUCAUUCAGCCAAGCUGGAGACUUUGCACUGAAAAGAAGUAUUUUGGACAUGUACUGUAAAGUCCUCAUCAACGCAACGGUGACAGUGAGCACUUUAUACACACUUAGGCCGCUCAAGUGCUUAAACAACUUAUUCAGUUACAGCAUAAUGUUAUUACAGAAGAGUUUGAGUGAAUGAAAUGAGGUUUGAACUGUGUUCAUCACGUCCAUGGUGCUGAGAGAGGAGACAUAAGAGAGAGUUCUCAGUGAAGGUGUAAGAAAGUCUAAAAGGACGGGGCAUUCCUGUGUUUUACGAAGGAUGUUAUAGAUCCUCUUGUGUAUAUUAUAUAAAUAUGUAUUUUUCCUUCUUUUCAGUGAAGAUCUAUGUUAAGUGUAUUUACAAGUUCAGACUUGUGUAUUUUGAGUUUUAUGCACAAUGUUGUUUAAAUGGUGUUAAAGGUUCUAAAAAAGCAUUUGUGCAAUGUGUUUGUACAUUAUAUAAAAUCACCAUUAACAAUGAAUUGAAACCCUUUCUGUAUCUGCUUGUUGUUGCCGUCUAGUUUAAUUUAUUUACAGCGCCAAUGGCUUGGUUAAUUGUAAAAGCAAUAUAUUUUAUAUAGUUAUUUUUGCACAGCUAAUAAGACAUUUAAUGAUUCUCAAUAAUGUUGAGUUUUAAGUGUAUGCUACAAUUGCAGUUUAUAUUACAGAGGAAAAGAAAAAAUAUCUAUAAAAACAAAUGGUUUUGGGGCACAGGGCCAUCAGCUCUAUUUUAAUAUGUACGUUAAAUGCAAUUGUUGCCAUGUUUUCAGUAUUGUGAGCUUUAUUAACUGUGAUCACAUACUGUAAUAGAACAUUACUGCCAUAGCCACCAUGGGAGAGAGAAAUAAAGACCCACUGAGGAAAAAACUA